CACGUCCUGAAAAACGUUUCUUUUUCUGCUUUAAGCAAAGAGGAAGUCGAACUCCAAGCUCUGAAGCGCUACGCCAGUCCUUUAGCCUGAAUCAUGUCUAACCCAAGAGUAUUCUUUGACAUCCAAGCGGGCUCCAACUCUAUUGGCAGGAUUACCAUGGAGCUUUUUGCUAAUGUUGUCCCCAGAACUGCAGAGAAUUUCCGUGCCCUGUGCACUGGAGAGAAGGGCUUUGGGUACAAGGGUUCCAGCUUCCACCGCGUCAUUCCCAAUUUCAUGUGUCAGGGUGGCGACUUCACCAACCACAACGGAACUGGUGGCAGGUCGAUCUACGGUAACAAGUUCGCUGACGAGAACUUCACCCUGAAGCACACUGGGCCAGGCAUUCUGUCUAUGGCCAAUGCUGGUCCAGACACUAAUGGGUCCCAGUUCUUCAUCUGCACAGAAAAGACCCCUUGGCUGGAUGGAAAGCAUGUUGUGUUUGGGAAGGUAGUGGAAGGAUUUGAUGAGGUGGUAAAGAAGGUUGAGCGUUAUGGUUCCCAGAGUGGAAAGACCUCGACCAAGAUCGUCAUUGCUGAUUCUGGGCAGCUUUGAAGUGUCCCAACAACAUUCCUAAGCAGCAGAGAUUCACUUCCCCGCUAUCCCUUCCCUUAAGUUUUGGUGUCUUGUCUAAACUUGCCGCAUUUGUGACUUGCCUUCAUUCACAUUUUUUCUGCAAUUGGUCUGACGGGGCCUAAUUUGUUUAUGAAAAUCUGAAAUAAAGGGGAACAACCUAAA